AGUGACCACCAAACUUUACAAUAACGCGAACGCGUCUGCCGCAAUGGCCCGUACUUUAUUACUCCUGUCAUGCUUUCUCUCCAUUGUUUAUACCGCGUACAGUUACAGAAUUCUCGGUGUAUUUCCAUCUCUAGAUCGCAAUAACUACUUGACAUACAGAGGACUAUUCAAAGAGUUGGCGAAUCGGAACCAUGAAGUUACUCUGAUCAGUCACUUUUCUCUACCAAACGCUCCAGCAACAUACAAAGAGAUAUUACUGAGUGAUAAUCCAUUAGUGUUUAAAGGUUUGUCUUACGAAUCAGUGAUUGUGAAUGAAAUUGCUCGUGUGCCCUUCGAAACUUUAGUAGCGACUAAAUCCGGAAACGAUGACUGCAAGACGCUUAUGAACAACCCUCAUGUGCUACAUAUGAUUGCUACUCGACCUAAAUACGACGUGGUGAUCGUGGAGUCGUAUAACAGUGACUGCGGAUUAGCGCUCGCUGCAAAUCUAAGUGCAACUUAUAUAGCUUUCAAUCCGCAACCUAUACAACCUUGGCAAUACAACAGGUUGGGUAUCACAUUCAACUCUGCGUGUGUAACCCAAGCUGGAUUGUCAUACGGCAAAGAACCUUGGUUCUUUGACCGCGUGAAGAGUUAUGUCUUAUAUCAUAUAUCAAACUGGGUAUACUAUGUCGGAUCGCAGGUUACUGAUCAUGUAUACUUGUAUAAAUAUCUAGGAGAUAAUUUACCAUCAUUGGAAAGCAUAGCGGUGAACGCAAGUCUUUUAUUAGUAAACACUCAUCAAUCUGUAUACGGUGGUUUUGUUAGACCUGAUAAUGUCAUUGAUGUGGGCGGGAUACAUAUCAGACCUCCCAAAGUUAUACCCACGGAAAUAGAAAGAUUUAUAAAUGAAGCCGAAUAUGGUGUUAUUUACGUAAACUUGGGUUCCACGGUAAAAGACUCCACUCUACCAAAAGAUAAAUUGAACGAACUCUUAUCAACAUUCGGGAAAUUACCACACAGGGUGCUUUGGAAAUGGGACGGCGCGGUCCCAGGGAACCUGCCAAGAAACGUUAUGACAAUGAGAUGGUUCCCGCAAUACGAUAUUUUAAGACACGAUAACGUUAAAUUGUUCAUAUCUCACGCGGGUAUUCUAAGCACAAUUGAAGCCAUCGAUGCCGGUAUACCAGUUCUUGCUAUACCCUUAUUUGGAGAUCAGUAUGGAAACGCGGCAGCUAUGCAGGAUGCUGGUGUAGCUACAAUAGUCUCCUAUCAAGACUUAAGGAAGGAAUACCUUUUGGAUGCCAUUAAUGAAGUGUUAGAUACAAAAUUCCAGAGUCGGGUGAAAUUGGUGUCUAGAUUAUGGCACGACCGUACUAUAUCACCGCUUGAAAGCGCCAUCUAUUGGACGGAGUAUGUAGCACGGUACCAAGGAGCACCGAAUCUCCAAGCGACAUCUACAAAGUUGCCCCUUUAUCAGCAGCUGCAGCUGGAUGUGCUAACAUUUAUUGCUCUUGUAGUUUAUAUUCUUUAUUAUGUAGUAAAAAAAAUAUUCUCUGUAUGUUGUUGUUGUUGCUGUAACAAUAGCGCAGAAUCUCAUACUGAAGUGAUUGAAGAAAGACGAUCUCGACGUGUUAAGUUUGAAUAAGGUAUUAUUUAUUAACUAGAUUUUUUAAUGUGAAAGCUUUAAAUAAUAUUAUAUUAAUGGAUUGUUUAUAAC